GGCGCGUGACGUCACCAGCGAGGCCCCGCCCCCGGCUCGGCUUCCGCCCGGUUGCCGCGGAGACGCGUCCAUCGCGCGGAAAUCCCCGCGGGCGCGGAGCCCGCCCGGCGCCGCCAUGAGCCAGCGGCAGGUCCUGCAAGUGUUCGAGCAGUACCAGCGCGCCCGGUCGCAGUUCGCGCAGGCAGUGGCCGACUUCGCCGCCCGCCCGCAGAGCAUCGACACUCUCCGAAGUGCAGGUGUAGUGUGUUUGCUGAGACCUCUUUUGCUGGAUGUCGUCCCGAGUAUUCGACAGACUGCUGCCUUGGCUCUUGGGAGACUUGCUGAUUAUGACGUGGAGCUGGCAGAGGCAGUCGUGAAGGCAGGCAUUCUUCCACAGCUCAUAUGUUCAUUGCCUGAGGAGAAUCGUUACUACAAGAAAGCAGCUGCUUUUGUGCUAAGAGCAAUUGCUAAACAUUCUCCACAACUAGCUCAGGCAAUAGUUCAGAGUGGAGCACUGGGGAUGCUGGUGAUUUGCUUGGAAGAUUUUGACCCUGGAGUCAAAGAAGGUGCAUCCUGGGCAUUUGGGUAUAUUGCGCGACACAAUCCAGAACUGUCACAAGCUGUGGUGGAUGCAGGCGCUGUUCCUCUUUUAGUGCUCUGUAUCCAGGAGCCAGAAAUUGCUUUGAAAAGGAUUGCUGCUUCAACUCUCAGUGAUAUUUCAAAGCAUUCUCCAGAGUUAGCACAGACAGUAGUGGCUGCAGGAGCUAUCGCUUACUUAGCUCAGAUGAUCCCGAACCCUGAUGCUAAACUGAAGCGUCAGGUGCUGUCAGCUCUAAGCCAAAUAGCAAAGCAUUCAGUGGAUCUUGCAGAGUUGGUGGUUGAAGCAGAAAUUUUCCCAGUUGUGCUCACAUGCCUGAAGGACUCAGAUGAAUAUGUCAAGAAAAAUGGUGCAACUUUAAUUAGAGAGAUAGCAAAGCAUACGCCUGAGCUUUCACAGCUUAUAGUAAAUUCAGGCGGAGUUGCUGCUGUGAUUGAUUGUAUUGGCAGCUGCAGAGGGACUGUCAGACUGCCCGGCAUCAUGACACUUGGUUAUGUGGCGGCUCAUUCAGAGAACCUGUCAAUGGCAGUGAUUGUCUCCAAGGGAAUACCACCACUGUGUGUCUGCUUGAUAGAAGAACAUGAAGAUCAUAUUAAGGCAGCAGCUGCUUGGGCCUUGGGACAGAUUGGAAGACACACUGCUGAGCAUGCACGUCAUGUUGCAGUAGCAAACGUGCUGCCCACACUGCUUGAUAUCUUUGUGGACACAUGCAGCUCAGAAGAUCUUAAAGUGAAAGCUAAGAAAGCCUUAAAGAACAUUCUUCAGAAAUGCACGUAUCUUCCAGCACUUGAACCACUGCUUCAUGAGGCCCCUCCCAGUAUUAUGAAGUAUAUUAUUGGGCAGUAUAGUAAGGUGUUACCACAUGAUAGUAAAGCACGUCGUCUCUUUGUAACAACUGGUGGACUUAAAAAGGUUCAAGAAAUACAAGCAGAACCUGGGUCACUUCUUCAGGAAUAUAUCAACACUAUUAACAAUUGCUAUCCAGAGGAAAUAGUAAGGUACUAUUCCCCUGGAUAUUCUGAGAUGCUUCUGGAAAGGGUGGAAAAUUACCAACCAGUAUUAUAAACUUCAGGGUUUUAUUAGAGCUGCAUUUCACAUUUACACCUUUAUGACUGUAAUACAAAUACAGCUGUUGAAAACCUUGCUUGAUUCUCAAAUCUCUUUCUACUGUUUGAACUACUGAAAAAGCUCAGCAGUUCUAGCAAGCUACAUUUUGUUCUUUAUAAACUUGUUUGUCUCUACGUUUUUGUUCCUUUUUGUUUUUUUUUUUAACAUUACUACCAGGUAUUGCCACAUAUAUGAAUGGAAUUUGAUGCAGAAGUGAUGAUUUAUCACAGAAGCUUUUUUAGAAUCAGUAAUUUCCUUUUCCUUCCACAAGAAAAGUUUGUUAUCUCAUUCAAAUUUUAGCCUUCUCAGUACUUACUACCAUUUUCCCCUUUUGCCUUUGUAUAUUGUUUAAAGCUUCCCAGGCUUGAUGAGGGGAAAAAAGCUGGCCCCUGUGUUCUUUCUAAUUAUGGAAUUCUUUCUGCACUGAGAUAUCUCCUACUGCUACCUUUGAGGAAGUAAAAUGUUAUUAUUUUACAUGUCCAAACAUGUUAGUAGCAGCUAAACAAAGAAAUAAUCAGAGAUGAAGAUGAUACAAGGGCUGAAUGAUGAUACAAAGGCAUGAUAUGGUGAUGUGGUGAUCCUGGCCUGGUAGAUAUUACAUCUUCUGCUAAAGUCCUCCUAAUUAAGGCAGGAUACUCUGUGAGAAUAGGGGCAAUACACUGUUUGGCCUGUGCAUGGUUGUUCCUCUUGAGAAGGACAGAGUGAACUCAGAACUUCCACGGAGGUGAAGGGAAGGACCCUGGGAGGUUUGGUUCUGCGGGCUCAGCGGCACAUUUGUGUGGCUCAGAGGAGAGGAGGUUUGCUUGGCUGCAGGAACACUGUUAGCAAGGUUCUGAGCACAUUCAGAGGAAAUCUGAGGACACUUAGGUCGCACUGAUUGGACUGAUAGGCCUAAGGUGGCUUAGGAUUUAUCCUUCAAGAGCUGAAGAGCUGAGCUAAAACACAUUUGGAACUUAAGUCUUGAAGCUGCAGAUCACAUUGAUGUAGAGGUAUGAGCGCUUUCCCUUCUGUAGAACAUCCUGAAAUUAUUUUUACCUUCUUUUGGAGAGUGAAAAGACUUUUACAUUCUGCUUACUCCUCUGCUGUAUCGCACAGCAAACAACCCUCUAGUCUUCCCUAAUAUGUAACUGUCAUAUACCAUUUUUUGUUUUAACCAUUUUUCUUUUUCUCAUUUGCAGCAGUUUGGGGGGUGUAGUUUUUUUGUUUUGUUUUGUUUGCUUGUUUUUUGGUUGUUGUUUUGUUUUGUUUUUCAUUUUUCCCAAAGACUACUAAACAGUGUUUCUGGAAUGGGAUAUGGAAAUACUGGCAGCCACAAGGAAAGACAACAUUUGAAAACCUCCACUGUAGAGAAACUUACCUACUUUCUUAAACAUAUAGCUGAAUGGGUUUAUAAAAGAAGGAUAGUCUCAUCUAUUACUUGUAAAGCAGGAGCAGAGACUGAUUGCAGUUGGAAAUUAUUUAGAGUGGCUUUUCUUUGCUGAAUUCCAAAUGACUAAUUUUUUAUUCUUGUCAGCAUAUUUUUCAACAGUUCACAAAAAUAUUAGUGGGCUAUCCUGUCUUAAAAUUUAUUUCUACAGAGGGCUGUGCUCCUGCUGUGAAGUACUUAGUGCUCUCAGACUCUGCUUUUCAGGAGGACCAGGGGAUACACAGUACCUUACUGUAUGGAGACUGAGACAGAAACUGUUGGUGUCAUGAAUGUUAGUGUAGAAUCCACACCCAAUGGGUUCUUUCCUUAGCCCACAGCUAAGUGAAAAGCCUUGGAACUGAUUAGCUUCUACCAAAUGCCUUUUUUAUUUUAGUGUUUAUAUUCUGACAUUAAUGCUAGGAUAUUGUGGCACUAUUAAUGCUCGUGGAAAAACUUUGAGACUCUUAACGAGAUUGUUGUUAAGAGUAAUAUUCAGUAAUUUUCUCAGGCGCAUUGUGGAUAUUUAAAAGUCAAAUCUUUUACAAUCUCUGAAACAAAAUGCAACAGAAGGGCUUCAAGACAGUCUUGAAGGAUCUGUAGCCUCUGUUUUCCCUAAGAGAGCAGAAGUGGUGCAGAGGGCUGUGUGCAGAUGGGAGGCAGCAGAGGCAUGGAGCUGUGUGUCCCCAGAGCUGCCUCGUGUGCUCGGGAGCACCCCCACCCCACACAAUGCUAAUGUAUAUGUUUUGUGCAGAGAGAGCAAAGAGGCUUCAGUCCCCUGACAAAUGUGCUCCUGCUGUGUCACACUGUGCUACACUGUAAGGAUUCCACAGGGUUAAAUUUCAAUGCCUAAACAAUUUGUUCACAGUCUUUUCACAGUCUUUUUCUGAUUCCUGACAAAGGAAAUGAUUGCACAAGGCAAACCUUCAAAGCGAUCUGAUUGUGUAGAGCACAAUCUAAAUCAGACCUAGCAUAAAUACAUCUUUACAUCCCUGGGCAGCUCUGGCCUAGGCCAGUGGCUGUUUGGCCUCUUGUUGCAGGAUUCCUGGACGAUGCCACAUCCCAUUAGGCUGUGGCAGUGCAAAGUCCUCUCCCACGUCGUUUGAGACCCUGGCAGUUCUGUGCUGGCAGGCUGCUUCUCUGCCUUGCACAAACACCUUGUGGCUGGAGGCUUCCCUGGAGGUACCUGUCUACACAAGACAGAUCUAGCCCUUCACAGCAGAAGUGUUGCUAAUUUGUAUUUUACUAAUGUAACUAUGGCAAGAGUUGCAUUUUCCUUGUCAUGUUUCACAAGGUGUUUCUUCAGUGUUUCUACUCCAUCCUCUCAUUUGGUUUAGUCAUCAUCUAAAACUAUAUUAAUGUUUGUAAUAACUGCUCUGGCAGGCUUCAAGUGUGUAUCAUUUGUCUCAAUUUUGUAUAAUAAAAUAUAGAUUUGCAUUUUAA